AUGGAGAAACCAGUCGAAGAGCACCGGGAAGUUGGCACGUUCGACGCCGAAGCCAUUCCCGCUCCCGAGGGCUACCAAUAUAUCGACAUCGAUCCAGUUGUCGAGCGCAGCCUAGUGCGUAAGCUGGACCGGUCGCUGAUGCCGCUGUUGUUUGUGAGCUAUCUCCUCGCCUUCCUCGAUCGUUCCAACAUUGGCAAUGCCCAGACUGCCGGCAUGGGCGAAGCACUCGGCUUUAACGAUGGCCAAUACCAAUGGCUUCUGACAAUAUUCUACAUUCCAUACAUUCUCUUCGAAUGGACCGCUGUCAUGUGGAAGAUCGUGCCGCCCCACCGCUGGGCCGGCAUCGCCGUACUCAUCUGGGGCAUCGCAGCUACGCUACAGGCGACUGCUUUUAGCUGGUCUGGGCUUAUGGCCUGCCGCUGGUUCCUCGCCACUGCCGAGGCUGGCUGGGGCCCCGGUGUGCCAUACCUGCUGAGCUUCUUCUACCGGCGCCACGAGCUGGGCGCUCGCUGCGGUAUCUUCUUGUCGGCAGCGCCGCUGGCCACCACCUUUGCCGGCGCACUUGCCUAUGGCAUCACGUCUGGCCACUCUAAGCUGGCCAACUGGCGGCUUCUGUUUCUCGUCGAGGGCCUCCCGACGCUCGUCAUGGCUGUUGCCAUUUUCUUUUUCCUACCGGACUCGCCUGACACGGCCAGGUUCCUAACGCCGGAAGAGCGAGAGGUUGCGGCUGCUCGUGGCGUCUUGCAGACGGGCCAAGAAGGCCAUAAGCGCAUCGGCGGCAUCAACCUGGGCGAGGUGCUUUCGACGUUCAAAGAGCCGCAGACACUUAUUCUGCCGCUGAUGUACUUCUCGUGCAACGUCUCGUUUGCGUCUCUUCCCGUCUUCCUGCCUACCAUCCUCACCACGAUGGGCUACUCGAAGAUCAACGCUCAAGGCUUGACGGCACCACCCUACUUCCUGUCGUUCCUCGUCUGCAUUGGCAGCACAUUCCUUGCCGACCGUCUGCGCCAGCGCGGCCUUGUCAUUGUCGUGCUGUCUAUCAUGGGCGGCAUUGGCUACCUCCUGCUGGCCACUGUGCACACGGUCGGUGUGCGCUACCUGGGCGUGUUUUUGGCAGCGGCCGGCGUGUUCCCUGCCAUCUCUAAUAUCCUGCCGUGGGCGACCAACAACCAGUCUACAGAUACGAAGCGAGGCGUCAGCGUUGCCAUGCUCAACAUCAUCGGCCAGUGCGGCCCCAUUCUGGGGACACGCAUGUUCCCUACUGGGGACAGUCCGUACUAUGUCAAGGGCAUGUCUGUUUGCGCAGCCUUUAUGUUCUUUAACGCCCUGCUGUCGUUAUCUCUGCGCCAGUACCUCGCAUACAAGAAUAAGCAGUUUGCGCUUGCUGAGGCCGAGCAGGCAGCAGCGGCAGAAGCCGCUGGCGAGGACACUAAGCCUGACAAGGCUGAUUGGGGCCCGGCUGGGCCGGAGAUGAUGGGUAUCGCUGGAUAUCGCUACAUCCUUUGA